AUGUACGCUAGAGUUCGCUCAGGGUGCCUGGGGCUCCAUGUUAAUACCAUUCCCAGGUCAAUUGAGCUAUCACGGUACUCGCAGAGACCUUCUGGAACACUCAUGUUCCAAUCCAUUCGACAUUACGCCUACGACGGAAGCAAGCCCGAAUCUCCUCAAAAAUCAGAGAUAGCUAGGCUAGAAAAGAUCACGCCGACGAGGCAAAAGAUAAAAGAUCAGAGGCAUCAUCAUACCAAAAAAAUUCAGCUAAUAGAUGAGAAAUACGACAUAUUCAACGCUGACGUGAGACGCGUCGUUGAUUUGGGCUGCGCACCGGGCCUCUGGAUGAAGUAUGCUAAAGAUCGGAUCCUAUGGAACCAUAGACUUCUGGAAGCUGGCUUCUGUGACGAAGGAUUCAUAGUAGGGCUUGAUAUCCUCAGUACUACUCCCCCUACGGGAACCUCAACACUCCAAGGGAACCUUAUCUCGAAGUAUUCAAUGCAAAGGACACUUGAUUUGUGCAAGGAAUUGGCAUACCGCCAGGAAGCUAAAAGGAAUGAACUAGCUACACCUUUGAAAGAAGAAGUAAUCGAUGAAAACGGGGACUUAAUUGAAACUGAAAAUGAUGUAGAUACAACCUACUUUGGGAAGGAGCAAAUUGAUAUCAACAAUGAGCUAAAAUUGAAGGAGUCGCGUGCUAAUGUCGACUAUAAGGUAGACUUGGUCCUCUCUGACCUCACGCUGACCCUCAAGCAAGACAGAGGAUUUUGGAACAAUACACAAACGAAGCCGUAUCUUCGAAUAGCUACAAACCCAAAGUUAAUGCUGACGGUUAGAGAUCAGACUAAGGCACCCUUUGAUCUUGCGGACGCGGCGUUGGUUUAUGCCAUUAGGCUACUUAAGGAGAAUGGUACCUUCGUGUUGCGAAUGAACGCCAUACACCCAGAAGAUCCAGAGAUAGAGUUGCUUACCUGGAGGCUCAGAUCUGUGUUUAGACUGGUGGAAUCGACAGAACAUCUUGACUCAUUCUCUGGUGUGGAGUUUUUCUUAAUUUGCAAAGGAAAAGACGAUUCCGUAGAUGUGGUGGAAGCAUUUUCAUACAAGGCGAAACUUUAG